GAGGAAGACAGGGCUGGAAUCUCACAGGCAGGAUGUCAGUGUGGACCUCUGCUGAUCCUCCCCAUGAGCUCCUGAGGGAGGCCACCGCAGGCCAGGUGUCUGCUCUGCCCCACGGCAGGCCCUGAACAGGCAACCAAACUGCCCCAGGCAAGGUGACGACACCAGCAGAUUCAGGGCAUCUUUGUGUCCAUCUAGCCCAGGUUCCGAGGCUUCAUCCUGCUGAUCACCUUCUUCAUUUAUACCUGUUACCAUAUGUCCAGGAAGCCCAUCAGUGUCGUCAAGAGCCGUCUGCACCAGAACUGCUCGGAGCUGAUCAAGCCCAUCAAUGACUCCCACAGUCUCAAUGACAGCACGUGGUGCAACUGGGCUCCAUUUGACAAGAGCAACUACAAGGAGUUGCUGGGGGCUGUGGACAAUGCCUUCCUCGUGGCCUAUGCCAUCGGCAUGUUUAUCAGUGGCAUUUUUGGGGAGCGGCUCCCCCUCCGUUAUUACCUUUCAACUGGCAUGCUGCUCAGUGGCCUUUUCACCUCACUCUUUGGCCUGGGAUAUUUCUGGAACAUCCAUGUGCUCUGGUACUUUGUGCUCAUCCAGAUCUGUAACGGACUUGCCCAGACCACAGGCUGGCCCGCUGUGGUGAGCUGCGUUGGCAACUGGUUCGGGAAGGGGAAGCGGGGCCUCAUCAUGGGCGUCUGGAACUCGCAUACAUCUGUGGGCAACAUCCUGGGCUCCCUGCUGGCCGGCGUGUGGGUGAACGAGCAGUGGGGCCUGUCGUUCGUGGUGCCAGGCGCCAUCACCGCCACCAUGGGCAUCGUCACCUUCCUCUUCCUCAUCGAGUACCCAGAAGACGUGGACUGCACCCCUCCUCAGCACCACGGUGGGCCGGAAGAGAGUGAGGACGGCCCCGAGGACCCUGGGAAUGGUCCUUCAUCCAACAGGGAGAGUGGCCUGGUGUCCAGGUGUUCCAAGGACGCCGAACCCGUUGCCAUCAGCUUCCUGGGCGCACUUCAGAUCCCGGGUGUGGUGGAGUUCUCUCUGUGUCUGCUCUUUGCCAAGCUGGUCAGUUACACCUUCCUCUACUGGCUGCCCCUCUACAUCUUCAAUGUGGCUCACUUUAGUGCCAAGGAUUCUGGGGACCUGUCCACACUUUUUGAUGUUGGUGGCAUCGUAGGUGGCAUCAUGGCAGGGCUCAUCUCUGACUACACCAAUGGUAGGGCCACCACCUGCUGCAUCAUGCUGAUCUUGGCUGCCCCCAUGAUGUUCCUGUACAACCACAUUGGCCAGAGUGGGAUUCUUAACUCCGUAGUGAUGCUCAUCGUCUGUGGUGCCCUGGUCAACGGCCCGUACUCACUGAUCACCACUGCUGUCUCAGCUGACCUGGGGACUCACCAGAGUCUGAAGGGCAACGCGAAGGCACUGUCCACGGUCACGGCCAUCAUCGACGGCACGGGCUCCAUAGGUGCAGCCCUGGGGCCCCUGCUGGCUGGUCUCAUUUCCCCCACAGGCUGGAACAAUGUCUUCUACAUGCUCAUUUCUGCUGAUGUUCUUGCCUGCUUGCUCCUUUGCCGGCUGGUGUACAAAGAGAUCCUGGCCUGGAAGUCAUCCCUGGGCAGAGACAGAGGGUAUAAAGAAAUAUGAGGCCUGGAUUGGCAGAGAAGCAUGGAGGACCCCAGCUGGGUCCUAAAGUGCCCUUCCUGGGCAAGGCAGUGGAGACAGCCAGCCAGCCAGCCAGCCCAGCCCAGCCCAGCCCAGCCACAGGGCCGCAGAGCGGCUGGGAGAUUCUCCCUGGGAAGGGGACUGCCAACAUGAGGAAAUGGAAGACUCAAGGGCUUGAGCUCUGGAGGCCGCCAGCAGCAGGGAUCAGAGCUGAGUGGCGUCUCCCUCUUGAUAAGGGAAGGAUUUGCUCAGACUCUCGCUUGUUCAGAUUCCAAGGCAGAAGGCAGAGGCUCAAAAGGGCCAAGGCCUGGCAAGGUGCCUCUUUCCUCCCGUGUUACACUGGAGCUUCUGAUCAGCCUGCACCCGGAGGUGGGUUUCUAUCUGUUUUGGAGCCGCCCAAGCUAUCUUCAUCCGUUUGUCCAUGAGCCAGUUUCCUUGCGCAUUCCCCCACGUUGGAACUUUCUCCCACCCUCCAUUUCAUUCUGUUUCGAACUCCUGACCUGUGUUGCUCUAAGUGUUAUUUCUGUAGCCUCCAGGGCCAGGACUAGGGCAGGCAGGGGGGUGCCUCAGGGGCACAAGCUAGGGAAGUGUCCGUCUGGGGAGUGUCCGUCUGGGGCCUCUCCCCUCCCCUCGGGCCCAGUGCCCAUAUCAGGGCAGUGCGGCAAGGUGAGGGUGGGGGUGUGACUAAAAGCAUCUGCUUGUAUCAAGUAUUCUGAUAAUGAAGUGACAGUGGUCACCAAGUGCUCCUGAAGGCCAUCUCUGUUGUGGGAAUGGAGUUGACAGUGGACACAGAAAGAGGCCCUAGGCCCUCAGCGUAAGGCACCAGCGUGACAAGACUAGGAAGAGGAUAGUGCCUGGUUUCUGCAAGCAGCUGCUCCCAUGUAGCCGCCAGGAGCUCUGUGCAGCCCACGUGGCCCACCUAUGCUGCUCAGGUACUGAUUCUGGCCUCCCCGUGUCCUGGAGCACCGCAUGCUAGGCUAAAUCCUGGCAUUUCUGUCUGACCUCUGGAGCUGCCCACCGGGCCAGCACAUAUUUCUCUUGCCAGCUGCACCUGUGCUCAUCCUUGCCAGCCCUUGGCAUGGCAGCAGCAAGCUGGGGCUCCCCGGGCUGGUGGAGCCGUGUCCCAGGACCACAGGGGUGGUGUGCUGGUGGUGGUCACAGUCGGCAUUCCCAGAGGAAAUGCUCGCGACAGCACUGAUGAGCCCCAUACGAACACAGUUAACCGGGAUGCUGUGUGCUAGGAUACUGGCUGGAUACAAACUGCUCGACAUUGAGAUAGGUCAUAGGCACCCCGGUGGUGAUGGAUAGGUGGUCACACUGCCUGCUGCACUGAUUUUGAAAGCUGGAGUCAGACAGGGACCUGUAAGUCCCGAGGACCCCAGGGCAGGAGUGGCAGUAUUGGCACUGGGUUCAGCAUUUACGAAGGCUUCUUGCAACCAGAUGUAUCUGAGGUUACACCAAGGGGAGCCACGAGAUGGCGCUACAAUCCCACGGUCCGGCCCCAAGUGCCCUGCAAGCACCUGCUUCCAGGAGGGAAACCCAGAGGUUUUUUUCACCUGUCAACUUUCCAUCUUUGGCUGCAGACAGGUCGGGGUAGGAAGGGUGGAAUAGUGUUUUUGGUCCUGUCUCCACCCUCGCCUCACCACUUACCAGCUGCUAUAAGCCUGUUUCCUCAUCUAGAAAAUAGUACUGACAUUACCUACUUCAGAGGACUGGUGUGAAGAGGGUAAGUCAGCAUUAAACACACUCCCUACCCUUAAGGAGUUUGUCUUAGUAGGAUAAAAUAGGAACAUGGAAAUGUUUCUAAACAAUACAAGAAAAAACCCUAGAAACAGUGACUGCGGCCAGGAGGCCUUGUCGCCCAUUAGCCCAGCCCUGAAGGGAUGGGGCCGUGGGAGGGUGACCCCAGGGCAGUGGAGGGAUGAGUGUGACAGGCGUGUAGGAAGAGUGCAGAGGACUUAGGCGGGUCCUGUGAGGAGGUGAGGGGGAGCGGGAAUGGUUAUCAAUCCCCCAACCCGUGGACAGGGACUGGAAAAUGAGCAGGGCACCACGGCUCAUGCUGGUGCCCAGGGAGGCACCGCAGACGUGCAGAAGGCCUGUGGCAGCUCAGAGCCUGGCCUCUGAAAGGAGGACUCGAGCUGUAGGUGGGAGUUGGGGGAGAGCAGCAAAGGUUGGACCCAGCCCUGAGUGCCCUCUGCACUGUCUGCCAGGCCCAAGGCCCUGCCCCGCUCAGCCCUGGGCACUGAGUCUUCCCCAGAAGCCUCCCACCUGCCUUCUCUCUGGGCUUCGUUGCUCACUUGGGGCUAAUGCAGGAGCAUUACGUUAAUUAGUUAUUCAUUUAAUUUAACUUCACAUUUGGUCUCAAUUAAGCUUAAAGUGCUCUUCCUUAUAGAUGUUACAAUAGCACUUGUAAUUAAAAAGCAAUAACUCUGCGCUUCUCCUUUAGAGAGCCACUGGGAGGCUGGGCUGGUGGGGGAGGGGGGGGAGAGGGAACGAAGAGGAAGGGAACCGAGCACUACAGGCUGCCUCGGGGGCUGGGGUCGGGGAAGGAGACUCCUGCCGGGUCACGGGUGCUGGGCUGGAGGCCCUGAGAACUGGGGAGAGGUGCUGGAGGUGAAGGGGCAGACCCUGUACACAAGGGGAGGUGUGGGGCAGGAUGGAGAUGGGGGGAAGAGGGGGGCCCUAGAGACAGGAGCUCGGCCCGUGUAUUCUGUGAUCCACACCCUCAUUCCCAGCACCAGGGACUAGGCUAACUUACAUGGCAAAAGAGACUUUGUGGAUGCGAUUGAACACCGUGAUAUGGGGAGACUGUCCUGGGUCAUCAGGGUGGACCCAGUGUCAUCACAAGUCUCCCUGUAAGUCAGAGAUGGGAGCAGGAGUGGCAGGUGUGCCAUCAGAAGACGCUGGCUUUGAAGAGAGAGGCGGUGGGCACUGGCCGGGGAACGGGGGCAGCCUCAGGAAGCUAGGAAGGCAAGGAAGUGGGAUUCUCCACUACAGCCUCCAAAAUCUUUGUUUUAGCCUCAAGAAACCCAUUUCGGAUUUCUGAAUUCCACAACUGUAAGAUAAUAAAUUUGUAUUGUUC